GGAUGAGGGUGACUGUUCAUUAUCCCAGGUUAUCAUGAACCUCGGCCAGAUGCAAUUCCUUUUUCAGCCCUCUCUAGAGCGCAUGCCGCACUUGGUGUAGCGUCGUAUAUGCUCAACGUGGUUGGAUCCCUCGUGGUAAGGCUGGACCCCAACAACAUGCCAAGCAUGCGUGUCUCAAAGUCUUGCAUUGUCUACGGCCAGUAUGGCGGAGGCUGCAUGGUGUGAGGGUUCGCAUGGCUUGAGUUUGGUUAUAUGCGGGCGCUCAGCCUGUUCUGCCUCAAGCCGGUUUCUCGACGCAUACUACCUGUCUCAUUGACACACGUCCUGUGGCAGCCGUGGGAACAUACAACGACUCCACAGAGCGGGAUCCCGGUCUCCACACCACAAUGCCCAGGCGUCAAGACGCGACCGCAGCCCAACUGUCCUUUAGUCCCACGUGUCCCUCCGGUGGAACCUGGCAAGUCUGCGGGUCGAACUUUGCCGGCUGCUGCGCAGGAGAUGCAUGUACCAGGAGCGGCUGCGUAGAAGGAAACCUUUACCCUGUCGCCUUCGACAGUACCCAGCAUGGAGAGUUCCCAGAUGCUUCAUGCGGCCUAGGCAUCAGUUUCUGGACCUGCGGCUUUGGCCCAACUUUCUGGGGCUGCUGCAAAACAAAUCCUUGUGCUGCAGGAGCAGUCUGUCCGCGCGGUGACCUGGCCGCCGCGCAUGCCAAUGGCGGAGAUCCUGUGCAGCAGGCGUACUACUUGGGUGGAUCGUCUGGACCGAUCAGCAUAACAUCGGCGUCGCCCUCAGCAACGUCCACCUCGACCAACACUGGGACCCUGGUUACUAGUAUCGCUUCGCUCAAUUCUCUGGGUGGAUCGACUUCCUCGCCAACUACGACACCAGUAGCUUCUUCGCCCCAGCCAGCCAGCCACACAGCCGCCAUAGCAGGCGGCUCGGCCGCCGGUGGCGUCUUCGUCGCGCUCCUGGUUUGCUGGCUCAUAUACUACCUCUGUUAUGUGAAGCGGUCCCGCAAGAUACACAAUGACGCGCUCUCCUCUUUGCAAUCCGACCUUCCGGUCGCGACUAUGACCGAGAAGCCGGAUAAUGCUACCACUGCCACACAAGGCUAUGAUGCAGCGCCACCGGGGUAUUGCUCUCCAAACCCCAGCACAUACCCGCACCAGCGCAACGAAGUGAGUAGCUAUGUCUAUCCACACGCCACGGCCAACCCGGCAGCUUGGAAACCGCAGCACCGCCAUGGCCUGUCGGAGCUCUCGGAGGAGACGGUGUGGCGGAGCGAGCUGGAGAGCCCGGUGCCGUCGCCACGCGUGGGCUGCACACCAUAGAGUCCUCGUUCCGGGUUCAGACGUGAGGCGGGUUGGUCUGGUGGUCACGCGGACGACGAUGUAUGGAGAGGUAAAGAUGCAGAGUGAGAGUGGGUGUGGCAUUGUGAGGGCUGGAGAACGGCAGGUGAGUGGGUGAAAGUUAGGUCGAGGGGGGGUAUUAUUGAGAAUCAUGGCGCUAGGUUUGCGGUUGGAGCUUCCGUUCGUUCGUUCGAGACACUUGAAGUGGACGAUAUGUUCAUUUGAACAGGCCGUUGCGGACAUAUGUCUGCGUGAUGAACAUCAGCG